AAAAAAAACCUGUUCUCAAGGGGGGAAAACGCACCUAGGGGACACUGGGACAGACGCGCCGAGCCCCUGCGCGUCCCCGACCUCGGCGGCUCGGCUCCCGAUCUCGCUGGCUGUCUCGCCGGACGCCGUCAGCCGUCGCUGUCUGCCUCGUCAUCGCUAGACGCCCAGGAGCCGCCCCUGCCCGCCCGGCCCGCCCAGCGCUCGGCGCUACUGCGCUUCCCUAGCGCCCCUGCAAGCCGGCGCCGGCCGCCCAGUCCGCCCUCCACCGAUUCCGGCACUCGGCCGGCAGUAAGCCUUGAGCUCGAUUUGAGGACUGAAGGUGGCCCACUGGAUUAUUUGUUUCUAGCUCAGCCACUGCCUCAGAAUAGUUUAGGACCUGAGAAGUCCUUUACUCCAUUAGGCAAAACAAUGGAGGACUGUGCAGCCACCCCUGUUCGCCGCCCUGCCGACCCCUCUUCCCCAUCCCCAACCCCAUCUCCCUUAUCUCUGCGCCAGUGGCGCCCAGCGGCGCAGCGCAACCUGCGCAACCAGUGGUCGCGCCUGCUUGCCGCCAAGACCCGGUGGCUGGACGCCGCCGCCAGCGGCCGCUCCCAUGCCGCCACGCUCGUCAACGCCUACCUCUCCCGCAGUUACAUGCCAGGGAUGGAUUUGGGGGUGCUCAAGGACAUGCCCAGGAUCCGCGACAGGGCGAGCGCCAAAUUGACCCACAAGGAGGUGCAAUGCCGCGAGAUGCUUCUAUCAGCCUACAAGGAGAUGGUCUGUGCCAUGUCCGACUUGGUUAAAGCUUCUCAUGCCAUGCGGUGUUUCUCCAAAGUAUCUUCUGGUAGCCCACUAGUCCGAUUUACUGAUCGGCAGGAUGAUUUGAAUGAUUUAGGGGAUGGUGGAGGAGCUCCAGUAUACAGAUGGAUCUCCAUGUUAGAAUUUGAAAACCUCGCCAAAGAGCUUGUUGAGAUGUUUGUUUCAGAGCUACGAUUGAAGAGACUGAUUGUCUUGGACCUCCUGUCAAUUAACUUAAAAGAAGGUGCAGAUCCUUCAUUAGAAUGGUCAGAUGAGUUAUAUGACGGGGAAUUCAACGAAUUUCAGAGGAUUGGCCUGGGGUCUGGAGACAGCUUCCCACUACCUGAGAAUUGGAAGGCUGAUGUCUUACAGGCACGGCGACCUGGACAUACCCCAUCCCAUGAGGUUUUACAGGUUUAUUUAACCUCUUGGCUUGCUAAUGUGAACAUCAAGACGAGUAGAAUUGACGAAAUAUUUGAGCUUGUUGAGGAAGAGAUGCAGAUCAAAUUGCGUUGAAGAUUUCGAUUCAUAGAAUUUAAGUGGGAACCAUUCGGGAAUGUUCAGGGGUUCUUUUUCAUUAACGGAAGUGAUUUAGGCUAUUUAGCCAGUGUGGUCUGCCCUAAGAAAGAGGGCUCAUAUAUAAUACUUAUCAAAUGCAUUACUGUUAGCUUGAAUACAGUUUGUGUAACAAGGCUGAGCCACGAGCCCACCGGCUCCUGAAAAUCCAGAAUGUCUUGCCUUGCC